AUGAUGGAAGUUCAUACAAAAUUAAAAAUUCUCAAUUGCCGUCGUGAAAAAAUAUGUACUUAUAAGACACCGAAACUUACCGGAAUAACAAAAAGAAAAGAUAUUGAAAAUUUCAUCGUAAAAAAAUGUAAAAAUUUUAAGCCUCCAUUUGAUAUUCAAAUUUUUGAUGAAGACAAUGAUUUUGUCACAUUGGAUGAUGAUUAUUUGGAAGACUACAAUCCUUUUAAAGCUAAAACAAUUGACACAACUACUGUUCAACCAACCAAUUCUUCAAUACUAACAGUUAUUGUGCAAAUUAUUGUGUUAAAUUAUGCUUCUAAUUUUAUUAAUGAUGAAGAAUUCAUGAAAACUGAAGAAGGCAUUCAGAAAAAUGAAAAUAUCCAACAAAUUGAUCAAUCUGUGUCAGUUACAAAAUCACAAAUAUAUCCUAUUAUUCGCUUAUCUAACGAUUCAAAAAUGGGUUUUAUUCCUAAUCAUAAUGUCAAUAGUGAACAAAGAGAUCAGUAUCCUUGUGAUCGAAUAACUGUGAGUACAGGAGAUAUCGUCGGUACACUUAGUAUGAUUCAAGCUCCAAAAGAUUCAACAAAGAUACAUAAAAGUGUAUUGCCUCGAUUUCGAAUUUGGCAUGAUGACAUUAAAAACAGAAGUGCUCACGUCUGGACUUUGCUUGUUUUUAUUAUACUGGACGUAUAUCAAUCGGGUAAACGAUCACUCUUCUAUCAUUCACAACGAGCUUUUGUCGAAAAAGAUAAUGUAAAACAAUCGUUGAAUCCAUACAAAAUACCUAUUAUAAAUGACGAUUGGAUGAGCAACAUGGGAGUGGAGCUCAAAUUAAUAACUGUUGUAAUUGAAGGAGCAAAAAAACAUCCUGAUACAUCCUUAAAUAUUUUAUGUCAAUUCGAAGAUACCAAUGAAAACAAAUUAUUAGACACAUCACACAAUUAUAGUAAAUCUCGUCUUGCUCUUAUUCUUCAAAAAGAUGAUGUUAUUCAAUGGGAUACUCUAGUUCUAUCCAAUGAAAUGAUUUUCAAAAAGAGAAUUACUACAUCUGGCACAGCUAAUAUUCUGGAUAUUUCGACAAAUGCAAUAUCAACUCCAUUGAAACGAAAUUCAUCAAAGAAGCGUCAAAAUACUUCAAAUCAACGAUCCAAACGUACAAAAAAAAUAAGAAAAGAAGAAGAUUCUUCAUCGAUUUCGAAUCCGUCUACAAACAAUAAUGAUUCUUCUAUUUAUCUCCAUCAGGAUCUUCCGGUAUAUUAUAACAAUAGUCAAGUUAUAGGUAUUACAUCUCAAACAAUGUUAAACAUUUCAUCAUCUGAUUCAGAACUUCUGUCAGAUUUACCUCAAACAAACUACUUAUCUGGAAAUUCAAUUAGUAUAAAUAAUAAUUAUCCAGAUAUUUUCAAUAAUUUUGAUUAUACAAAUGCGGACGACAACAUGCUCAAUGUUCCUUUGCUCUGUGAUACUGCUUAUUCGGAUAUUGAUUUAUUGAAUUUAUAA